AUGGCGACCGAGACAUCGACGACGGAAUCCUCUGGGAAUCAGCAGAAGGUGCAGUUGCGUGCGGAGACGUCCAUAGACUAUGAUAAAGAAGCGUACAAAUACAAGGAGUACCUGUCGCAUCACACGCCCGGUUUGCAGCCUCCGUUGCAAGAGUUCGCGCAUGAGGAUGUCGGUCUCCGGGCUGAUCCGAAGAAGGCGAAUCUUCUCGGUGCGCCGGGUGCUGUAGUCGAGGAAAUCACGCCGGCCAUCGGAACUGAGAUCCGCGGCAUUCAGUUGAUCGAGUUGUCUUCAACACAACUGGAUGAAGUGGCAUUGCUUGCAGCCGAGAGAGGAGUCGUCGUUUUCAAAGACCAAGAGUUUUCGGAAGCCGGACCGGAGCGUUGGAAAGCAUAUGGGCAGCACUUUGGCCCGCUACACGUUCAUCAGAUGGGUGGGCAGAUCAAAGACUACCCGGAGAUACUGCCAGUCUACCGUGACUUUACUGCUGGCGCUGUUGACAAUGAGAUCAAGGACAACAUAACGAGCGUCAAAUGGCACAGUGACAUGAGCUAUGAGAUCAACGGCAUGGGGACGACGACGUUUUUUGUUCUGAGCACGCCACCGUCUGGUGGCGACACACUCUAUCUCUCGACCACGGCAGCGUACGAGCAUUUGUCUGAAUCGUUUCGCGAGAGGCUCCAUGGGCUGCGUGCAGUGCAUUCCGGCUACGACCAAGCAUCAGUCCAUGAUCACCGGGACCGCUACAUCCGAGAGCCGGUCGAGACAGAGCAUCCCGUUGUUCGCCUUCACCCUGUGACCAAGAAACCCUCCCUUUACGUCAACAGGCUGUACACCAAGAGGAUCGUUGGAUGGAAGCGCGAGGAAAGCGACGCCCUUCUCAGCUUCCUUUUCGACCACAUCGAACGCGGACAGGACUGGCACAUUCGGGUGCGUUGGAAGCCGGGGACAGUCGUCGUCUACGACAACCGUGUGACGCAGCACUCUGCGCUAAGGGACUUCAGGGUGGAGGAAGGGAAGACCAGAAGGCAUAUGAUUAGGAUCACGCCGCAGGCCGAGAGGCCGUUCUUCGAGGGCUAG